AUGCUCAGAAAACAAGCCAGAGAAAGAAGAGAAUACUUGUAUCGCAAGGCAGUAGAGCUCCAGGAAGUGGCUUUAAAUGCCAAGAAGCAGCAGUUGAAGCAGAGUUUAGCCAGCGGAAAGGCGCUGCCGCGAGAGAUAGCAGACGACGAGCAGCUCCAGGCAGACCACAAGUUUGACGAGAGUAUCCAGCAAUCUGUUGAUGACGAAUACUCCAAUCUGUCGGGACUGGUAGAGCCCAAGAUUGUAAUCACGACCUCGCGUGACAGUUCGAGUCGAUUGGCGCAGUUUGCCAAAGAGCUAAGACUCUUGCUGCCCAACUCUAUGAGGAUCAAUAGAGGAAAUUACAUCAUGGCGAAUCUGGUUGCCAGUUGCAAGGCUUCUGCCUGUUCGGAUGUUAUAGUUGUUCACGAGCACAGAGGUGUCCCUACUUCGCUUACUAUCGGUCAUCUGCCCCACGGGCCAACGUUUACCUUUACGCUUCACAAUGUGGUGCUAAGACACGAUAUCCCCAAUGUCGGUAACCAAUCGGAGGCAUAUCCACAUCUAGUAUUUGAAAAUUUUACCACAGAUCUAGGAAAACGGGUGGUUCAGGGUUUGAAGCACUUGUUUCCCCCUGGAGUGAAGCGCGAUUCUUCGCGUGUGGUGAGUUUUGUGAAUCAAGACGAUUACAUCAGUGUCAGACAGCAUGUGUACGUGAAGACGAGAGAAGGCGUUGAAUUGAGUGAGGUUGGACCUCGGUUCGAGAUGCGACUGUUUGAGAUCAAGCUUGGUACUUUAGAUGACCAGGAUGCCGAUGUCGAGUGGAUGUUGAGGCGGUUUGUGCGGACUGGUAACAGGAAGAACUAUCUAUGA